AAGAAUGUCACGUUACGCGAAGGGAAGCAUGCAGCUUACCCCAAACAUGCCUAAAGAGACCAAAAAGAUGCCAAAGUCGAGAGACGCAUUUGAAAUUUAAUUGGGCUAUUUAGGAAAUGCUUUACCGCAAAAACGUCAUUCGAUGCGUUCAGCAGAAGCGUAGUUAUUGGCAAUCAAACAUCCCGUUCGCGAUGCUUCUGCUCCUUCAAUGAUUUGCACUGCGAAGUUCUACGCGGAAUGGGGUGUGCCGACAAUGCUCUGCCUAUUGAACGUCACGUUGGUGCGUAGUUUAAAUUUCCUUUUGGACGUUCCCGUAGACUCCGGUAUUUCCUAUUCUGGCACAGACAACGCGUCAAACGCGACCGUCAUCAGCGGACCGCAGUGCGUUUAGCAUGUGGGCUCGUCGCGGCACACAUCGGCGGCCGCGAAAUCUACGCUGCGUAGCAGAUUGCAGCUGCAUGCAACUGCAGUGUUUGCUCUGUGCACGACAGGGCUAGAGUGCGUGCUCACGCUCAUGUGAUCCUGCCUGGCUGUGCUACGCAGAGCAGACCUCGGCUUUGUCCUGCACCAACUUGACCGAUGGAUUGUAUCCGCAUCCACCUUGCGCACUUUGAAGCGCUAUCAAUAGCUGAUUACGAAGCGAAAUCUCGCGAGGCGUCUAACCAUGAGUAAGCACGCAGCUGCUAAGCGUGCGUGUUGUCUUACCUUAACUUUCGCGAGGUUCGAGGCUAGUUGAGUGUUCAAGUGUUGUCGAAAUUGGCGAAGCCUGACGGCUGCGACACCGACAAGCAGGGUGGCCUAAGUUGAAUUCCAACGUUGGCGGCCAUGGCCGAGCGUGAGCAGAUGAGAGUCGGCUUCUACCGGUGCGCACUCGAAGCCAGGCAGCUGAGAAGCAGAGAGCCAAGCCCCGGGCAAACGUUGAGUGUCGCGGUGGCGGAAGGCCUUGUCGCGGCACCUUGUGGCGGCCGCAAUAGACUAAUGCCACGCAGCACAUCUCGGAGGCCAGGCUCAGCUGACACAACUAUGCACAGGAUUCCGCUGCAGAGAAGAAUGCACUGGCUACAUCCUAAAGCCGCACCCACGAGCAAGAAGCUCACCGCCCUGUGGAAGAUGGGCUUGGGCUUGCAUGAAGCACAGUAUGUGAAGCAACAUGCACGCAUAUUGCUACAAGGCGCUGCAGGAGCGAACGAUGAUGAGAUGACUGAGGAAGACGACGAUCGCCGAUGUUCGUGCGCACGAUCUCCAUCUUGUAUGCCUGUCUUCUGCCCGCUGUAUAUAUUGUAAAUAUAUUGUCAAGUGUCUUUUCACCCCGUAAAAUUUUCGUGGAGAGUGCGGGCUUUUCAUGUUUCAAGACGGAUCUACGCAGCGAAUGCUCCUUGUCGGUAUCUACAAUGCCAGUGCAAGGUGGGGAGGAGAUUUCUUCGAGCAGGUCACCAACCGUGCCUCAACCAUCGGCCGCCAACCACCCCAUCGUCAUCACACAACCGCGCGACCCAGGUACUUUUUCCGGCUCUGACAAGACCGACGUCGAAGACUGGCUUCAACUUUACAAACGGGUGAGUACUAGCAACAACUAGGACCCGACCCUGAUGCUAGCUAACAUCAUACUCUACCUGGCGGGCAUGGCGCAAGUGUGGUUUCUGAACAACGAACAGGAACUUACGAGCUCGGAGGUAUGUAGACAAAAGGGGGGCUCAUCGAUCUGUUCGCCAUGCCCGUCGGACGCCGUCGUGCUGAGCAGAAGAAACUUUCAUGCCGACCUCAGACUCGCACCGAGUCCUAUGUGACGUACAUCCAGGACGUUUUCGCGCUUUGUCGUAAAGCCGAUGACAUGAUGCCGGAAAGGGUUAAAGUUGCGAAUAUCCUCAAAAGUAUCGCGGAUGACGCGUUUACCUUUGUGGUUUUUAAGAACUCAUCCACAGUACAAGACGUCAUCAAAAAAUGCCGGCGCUAUGAAGAAGCAAGAAGUCGCCGCGUUAGUAGAAACUUCACACUUCUUCCAAACAUGGCUGCGACGUCUACCUGCGAGGACCUCCGUCUCCCACACGCUCCACCCUGCCCUGCUGCAUCUAACAAUAUGGUGUGCACCAUCCGCCGCCAGACUGAAGCGGCCUCCCCAGCAGCGGCGU